GGUAAAGUGUUCGUGUACGAUAAGGUUUUCAAACCGAACACAACUCAAGAACAAGUUUAUAUGGGUGCAGCUUACCAUAUAGUACAAGAUGUAUUGUCUGGCUAUAAUGGAACUGUGUUUGCAUAUGGGCAAACGUCUUCGGGUAAAACUCAUACGAUGGAGGGAACAAUCGAUGAUCCAGUUAUGCAAGGUAUUAUACCACGAAUAGUCCACGACAUUUUUAAUCACAUAUAUACGAUGGACACGGAACUUGAGUUCCACAUAAAAGUGUCCUACUUCGAAAUCUACAAUGAGAAGAUUCGUGACUUACUGGAUCCUGAAAAGGUUAACCUUUCAAUUCAUGAAGACAAAAAUCGUGUUCCAUAUGUGAAGGGCGCAACCGAGCGGUUUGUUGGAAGUCCCGAAGAAGUGAUGCAAACAAUUGAAGAUGGAAAGAGUAAUCGUCAAGUUGCUGUUACAAAUAUGAAUGAACAUUCAUCUCGUUCUCAUUCGGUUUUCCUUAUAACCGUAAAACAAGAACAUCAAGCAACAAAAAAACAACUUGCUGGGAAGCUCUAUUUGGUAGAUUUAGCAGGUUCUGAAAAGGUGAGUAAGACCGGGGCCCAAGGGACUGUUCUGGAGGAGGCAAAAAACAUUAACAAAUCUCUUACUGCACUCGGUAUUGUCAUCUCUGCUCUUGCAGAGGGAACGAAAUCACAUGUACCAUACCGAGACUCAAAAUUAACUCGCAUUUUGCAAGAGUCUCUUGGAGGAAAUUCGCGCACUACAGUUAUUAUCUGUGCCUCCCCUUCUCACUUCAACGAAGCCGAAACGAAAUCAACACUAAUGUUUGGUCAGCGAGCCAAGACAAUCAAGAACGUUGUCCAGAUUAACGAGGAACUUACUGCUGAAGAAUGGAAACCUCCGACUGACUCAACAACUCCGUUAAUGGAAAGAUCAAUGAUCGCACCAGCACCACCAAUGCUUACUUCAGUUACUGGUCCCAUUACUGAUGAGGAGAAGAAGAGGUACGAGGAGGAAAGGGUGAAAUUAUAUCAGCAGCUCGACGAGAAAGAUGACGAGAUUCAACGCGUGUUGAUGCAAGAUGAAUCAAUCCAAGCGAUGCGAGAAAACGAAGAAACUUUGCGUGAAGAACUCGUACGUAUCCAAAAGGAAAGUGACGACAAACAAAAUGAAACAAAAGAGAUGAUUUCUGCCAUCGAGGACAUUGCUGUUCAACUCGAGGUGCGGAAUGCUGAGUAUGAGAAAUUGAAAAAAGAGCUGGAAAUCGUGAUGGAGGAGAAUCAGCAACUCGAAGACGGUGCAAGCCAGGCAAGGAGUGCGCUGAAUGCUCAUCUCGAUGAGUGCGGUCCGAAAAUCAAACACUUCAAGGAUGCCAUCUACAACAUCAUUCGGGAAUACAACAUUGCUGACAUUGUUAAUCAGAAUGACAUUCUACCCGAUCACGAGCUGCUAAACCACAUGCGAAUUGGCGUGUCCAAGUUGUUUAGCGAGAAUACAGCAGCAAAAGAGGUUUAUUUCUCUAUAUCCGAAGCGCAAGCAGCUGAGAAGAAACUAGAGGAGAUCAAUUCUGUUCAAGGGCAGGAUGCAACCAAAUUAAAACAGUUGCUAGUGAAGGACCAGGUAGCGCGGGAGCUUAAGCCGCUUACGGACAGAGUGAAUACGGAACUUGUUACACUUAAGAACCUGAAGAAAGAGUUUGUGCGCUUGGUUCUUUCGAGAUGUCAGGCUACUAUAGAUGUCGAUGAAGAUUGCCUCUCCGGCCCUGCACAAAAACAGCGCAUUCAGUUCCUAGAAAAUAAUUUGGACAAACUUACUAAGGUCCACAAACAGCUCGUUCGCGAUAAUGCCGAUCUUCGCGUAGAGUUGCCAAAAAUGGAAGCACGUCUUCGCGGUAGAGAGGAUCGCAUCAAGCAACUUGAGACUGCUUUGCGAGACACCAAAGAGCGAUCGCAACUCGAGCGGAGAAAAUAUCUGCAAGAGGUUGAGCGCAUCAAGGAUGCUGUGAGACAACGUAACAUGCGUCGGCAAACGCCACAAAUUGUGAAGCCCAUUCGCCCUGGCCAGGUUUACUCUCCUUCGGCUGCUGUUGGAGGAGCCGCACAAUCUCCGUCUGUGCGAUCAACGAACGCCACUCAAAUGAACGACUGUACUGUAAUAAGUGCUAGCUUGAAUUAUAAGUAUUAUGCAGAACAAACUUCUCAAAAUGGGAGAUCAGAGUAUACCAAAAUGACUAUUUCGCAAGUUGUGGCCGAUAUUUAG